AUGUGCCAGCGUAGAAGAGUACUGAGGAAAGUACUCUUUGAGUACUUUGAGGAAAAUAUGUGGCAACGGUUGGUAAAACGUGAACUUCGCUUGGGAAAACGGAAGUGUAAGAAAGAAAGUCAGGACUGCCCCGCCUUGAUUCUCUUUGGUAUAAAAGGACUUCCUGAUUCUGCCCCACACACCUCUCCUCCACCCUACAACACCCCUCUGCAGCCUCCCCCGCCCCCUCCCCAGGAUGCCCCCAUCCCUGGAUACAGUGAUUCCUCUGCUACAGCCGUGCAUUCGGGCACGGCCACUUUGCCCCGGCUUGGAGGGGCUGCUACCCUCCCCCGGCCUCCCCCCACAUCCGCCACCCUCCCACGCCCACCCCGCCACCAUUCUGCCACCCUGCCCCGCCUCCCCCCCGACCCCUACAUGCAGGAAACUCAGUUCAACGGAGCCGCCCAGGGCUACGUAGUGCAGACGCAUCCCCCCGUUGGGACCCUCCCCAUGGGAGGCUACAUGCAUCCAGGGUAUCCAGUCCAGCUACAGCCUUGCACGGCAUAUGUGCCAGUCUACCCUGUAGGGGCGCCCUACCCUCAGGCCAACCCACCUCCUCCACCGACUCUUUCCACGGCACCGAUGACGCCUGGCAUCGCCAUCUUGGAGCCUCGGCGCCCACCACAUGAUUACCUCCCCAUUGCUGUUCUCACCACCAUCUGCUGCUUCUGGCCCACAGGCAUCAUUGCUAUCAUCAAGGCUGUGCAGGUGCGGACUGCGGUUGCCCGUGGCGACAUCGUAUCGGCAGAAAUUGCCUCCCGGGAGGCCCGCAACUUCUCCUUCAUCAGCCUGGCGGUGGGCAUUGCUGCCAUGGUCCUGUGCACCAUCCUCACAGUGGUGAUCAUCAUCGCCGCUCAGCACCAUGACAACGACUGGGACCCCUAGCGACCAAUCACCUCUCUUCAGCCUACUCCUGUACCCUGACAACUGGUCACAACCGCCCUGGCAACAGCCGCCCCCGGGGAUGGUCCUUGGCAACCGCCUCCCCUCCUUCUCCCCCGUCUUUGCCCUUGCCGACACUCGGAAUGCUUGGCAACCCUUCUCCA